AUGUUGAACGAAAGUGAUCUGCGGGUGACAUCGGUUGAUAUUACGGAAAAAUCAAAUGGAUUGUUCGAAAAACGUAUCGAAAAUACGAGGGUUUUCUCUAAGAUAGACGUCCAAGAUGAUAAUACAGAUCUUCACAAUCCUUAUAAUAGUCCAGCGUACGUGCGCGCCUACCAGCGCUCUCUAGAUAAUCCGGAACAUUUCUGGGGGGAAGUUGGCCAUGGCCUUGUUUGGACAAAGCCAUGGACCAAAGUGCUUGAUAAUUCUGACGAACCUUUUACGAAAUGGUUUGUAGGUGGUGAAUUGAACGCCUGUUACAAUGCCGUCGAUAGGCACGUAGAGGCUAAUAAGGGACAAAAUGUAGCCCUCAUACACGACAGCCCACUAACUAAGACUAUCAGAAAAGUUACAUAUGCAGAACUGCAGAAUACGGUAUCCCGUUUGGCAGGAGUACUCGCAUCCCUUGGCGUUAAGCGUUCAGACCGAGUUCUAAUCUACAUGCCACUUAUUCCUGAAGCCAUUGCUGCUAUGUUAGCCACAGUUCGACUUGGAGCAAUUCAUUCGGUUGUUUUUGGAGGUUUUGCAUCAAGAGAAUUAAGAUCACGAAUUAUACAUGCAGAGCCGAAAGUAAUUAUUGCAGCCAGUUGCGGAGUUGAACCAAAUAAAAUCAUUAGGUAUAAAGAAAUAUUGGAUGAAGCGUUAGAUUACCCUGGUUUUAAGCCAUCACGAUGUAUAAUAUUCCAAAGACGAAAUAUACAUGUUUGCACUUUAAAGCCAGAAAUUGAUGUCUGCUGGGACCAAGUUCUCGCAAACGCCAUGCCACAUCCAUGCGUAUCUGUAGAAGCUAAUCAUCCUCUUUACAUACUUUACACAUCAGGCACAACAGAUGAUCCAAAGGGCAUUCAACGUCCGACAGGUGGACAUUUAGCUGCCUUGGCAUGGUCCAUGAACGCGUUGUACGGCCUUCAGCCAGGAUCUGUGUGGUGGUCGGCAUCAGACCUCGGCUGGGUUGUCGGUCACUCAUAUAUCUGUUACGGGCCCUUACUUGCAGGAAUUACAUCGGUCAUGUAUGAAGGAAAACCCGAUCGCACGCCCGACCCCGGACAAUACUUUCGUAUUAUUCACGAACACCGAGUUAACGCGAUGUUUACUGUACCAACAUCAUUCCGAGUAAUAAAAAGACUUGACCCAGACAUCACUUUUGGAAGGCAUUACAGUACCGAAUCCUUACGAGCUAUAUUUGUUGCUGGAGAACACUGUGACCAUGAAACUAAAACUUGGGUACAAACAGUUUUUCAAGUUCCCGUUUUAAACCAUUGGUGGCAGACGGAAACUGGACACGCAAUCACAGCAUCCUGCGUUGGUUUGGGCCACAAUCUCAAUCCGCCCAACAACUGUGCGGGUAUGCCGUUUCCUGGAUUUGACGUUCACAUUUUGCGACAAGAUGGAACCGAAUGCUUGCCACAUGAGUUGGGCCGCAUAGCAUGUAGGUUACCACUACCACCAGGCACUGCCUCCACCCUAUAUAAAUCUCCUGAACGUUUUCUAUCAGUAUACUUCGAUAAAUACCCGGGAUAUUAUGAUACGAUGGAUGCAGGUUACAAAGACGAAUUCGGUUACGUAUACGUGACGGCCAGAGACGAUGAUGUUAUCAAUGUUGCCGGUCAUCGAUUAAGCACCAGUGGCUUAGAAGAUGUAGUUUUAGGACAUCCUGAUGUAGCGGACGCGGCAGUGGUCGGGGUGCCGGAACCAACAAAAGGCGAAGUUCCGCUUUGCUUGUUUAUUCAAAAGAAUUUCAUAGAUAAGAAGUUGAUAUUUCAGUAUUCUAUAUUUUCAGUCUUAUCUAUAUAA